UGGCUAUGGAAGCACCCAUUUCAAGCCAUGGCGAAACCACAAGGUGGAUGGAGAGAAAGGACUGUCCUUGCUCGUUAUCAAAGCAGGGCCACAGUGCAGUCCUAUUUUUUAAGAACUGAGUCCACGAUCACUGCGGGCUCGACGGUCGCUCUGCAGGUCCGUUACCUCUUGAAUCUCGAUGGCAACAAGGGGUGGUGGCCAUGCGUCUGACACCGCGGGCGAGAGAUUGAUCGCGGUGAUAAGAGCAGCCAUCAAACUGCUGGACGCCGGCAAUGAUGUGGCGGUCGCGAAGGCAGCAGCUUCGAUUGCGGCUGUUGCGAGUGAGUGUGGAGCGUCUACGGAGCUGCUGGGCGAAGCGAUUCCAAAGCUGAGUGACUUGAUCGUCAAUGCCGGUGGCAAGGGGACACACGUGCGCCGGAACAGCUGUGCCGCACUCACGGCCGUAAUGGGCACCCACGAAUCGCUCUUACGCCAGGCUAUCUCGUCGUCCGGCUGCAACCGCCUCAUUCUCUCCUUGCUGGAUAUGGCGAAUCAUGAUCUUGAUGUCCCGACGAAGAUCAAUGCUGUAUGCACAAUAGGUCAGAUAUGUCAGGUGCCAGAAGGAGUGGGCGAGGUGAUCAGGGCAGGAGGAAUCCACGAGAUCCUCUCGGCGAUCAGCUGGGCGGGUCAUUCAGGAGACGAGAGGCUGGAAGCAUCGAUCGCGGAUGUAAUCUGUGCACUUGCCACAGAGAAGAGAUAUCAUUUGGACCUCGCGAGAGAGGGGGCUAUCGAGAAACUGGCGGCACUGCUGCUCCGAUCAUCCAGUCGAGAGGUCGAGGUGCGAGCGCUCAUGGCCUUCGGAAUGCUCCUCGGAAAAGAUCAUUCAGAUAACCAAGCCAGACUUGCCGGCGUUCAUGGGAUCGUCAGCCGACUCGUAAAGCUCACCCAAUCAGAGGAUCAGGAUAUCAAGAUUAUCGCGCAAACCCUAUUUCGGACACUUGCUUCCAACUCAACGCUGCGACCAGGGGUCGAGGCGGAGCUCAGGGCAGCAGCUCAAGUUUCCAAGUAGAUGUAUUUACUAUUUCUAUUUGUUGUGCUGCCAUGCAGUUGUGUACAUUGUGGUAUCAGUGGACAGGAAGUCUGCCAUUCUUUUCUCUUUUGUUCAAUUCAAUCG